UUGAGUGAUUCGUUAAAACAUGUACAGAUAUAAUCACUCCCAAAUCAUUUUGCAGGCUCCACGUUUUCGAGAAACCAAGAUGGUGCUCUCCUUCACUGGGAAAUAACUUGUCGAGAAGAAUACGGACUCAGUGCUACUCCGUUAAGUCCUUUUCUCAAGCAGAAUCGGACCGUGUUCAUUCAACAGCCAUCCUUCACAGGCACUCCUACCCUGUUUUACCAGUCGCAAGAACACAAACCCUUGAACACCGACAUGGCGAAGCAGAGUAUUUAUCCAGCAGUUGUUCUCUUUGCGUCCUUUGCAACAAUGCUCUGUGGACCAAGCAUCGUGUAUGCAAACGGAGUACUCCACGUCGCGUUGCUCGAAAGAUUCCAGGAGGACGCGACGAUGACAGCAUGGGUAGGAUCUCUCUUUUCCUGCAUGUUCGCUCUCACAGGACCAAUUGCCAGCAUAGUCAUCAACGUGUUUGACUGCAGAACGUGUGUGGUGACGUCUGGUGUCUUGAUGAUGGUUGGGUUCUCAGCCAGCUGUUUUGUGACAGAAAUAAGGACAUUGUUCGUAACAUAUUCCUUAAUUGCAGGUCUUGGCACAGGUUUGGCACAAACCGGAAGUUUCGUCAUUAUUGGAUAUUACUUCCCUGUAAAAUCAGGUCUGGUUACAGGAAUAUCUAUUUCAGGAAUUGGAUUUGGGAUAUUGAUACAUCCCCCACUCUUGCAGUAUUUGACCGAAACAUAUGGAGUCCACGGAGCCUUCCUUAUCACCGGAGGAAUAGCACUUCAUGUAUGCAUUGCCGGAAUGCUUAUGCGUCCGUCUGACAUAGAGCGCAAGAGAAAGCAACGUGUCGGAAAGGAACAACGUGCAAAGAGAAAUAUGACAUCAAUAUGUCGGGAUGUAAGGAAUGUCUACCAUGUUUUCAGUAAUGUUUCAUUUUUAUUCUUUUUAUGCAGUCUUGUGUGCUAUUCAAUUGCUAUAGCAACAGAAUAUCUCUUUCUUCCGGACUUCUUCAUAAAACAGGGAUCAACAUUCCAAGAGAGCGCCUUUGUUGUAUCAACUUCAGGCCUAGGAAGUAUUGUCUCUCGGAUUCUAAUUGGAUUUGCUCUGAGCGACGAGAAGAUUGGAAGUGCCACACUGUAUGCCUCUCUGAAUGGCAUAAUAGCAAUUUUUACCUUCAUGCUGCCACUGUUCAACACAUCCUCAUUUCUGAGAAUACUUUAUGGCUUCAUUCUUGGAUUGUAUAGCGGAGGAACAUGGGUUCUCCUCAAUACUCUAACACUUGAAAUUCUUGGAAUUCAAGACUUCGCCACUGGUGUGGGUGCAGCUUUAUUUUCCUGUGGAGUCGGUUAUCUUACAGGUCCUCCUAUUGCAGGAGCCAUAGUAGAAGCAAGAGGAUCGUACUACAGCGCGUUCCUCCUUUCAGGUGCCAUGUUUUUCUCGACCACGGUCUUGGGAUUCCUGUCAACACUCAGCAAGAGGACGCAACCACGAACAAAAGACUCCGAACUGAAGGUGACAGUACUCAUCAAUGAAGUUGAUACUGAAGUAGCAUUAAUACAAACAUCAAAACCUAUGAUCGAAACAAAACAAAUACCCAGCGAGUAUUGUGAUGACAAAUCGACUGCUGCAGCAGUAAUAGAUGUACUGAAUCCAGCGAUUAAAUCAAAGGAGAACUGUGGGGAUGAUUAUUCUGAAGGGGGUAACAAAGAAACCUGUACAAACUAUUGAAGCAAACCAAAAGCCAAGGCUCUGUUGUGAAUACUCUGUAGCCGGUUACAGAAGUAUGUCACAGAUAAGGAAGUGCGUUAUUUGGAUCAAGUUGAUGUGCAGUAUCGUGAAGACAAGUACACUACAACGGGUAACAGACGUGUUUCAGUGAGAAGAAAGUAUGUUAUUUUGAUUAUGUUACAAUGAACUGAUAAAAAACAACAGAACAGAGCAAUCCAGCAAUCAUUGCU